AUGCAGUUCGGUUAUGAUAUCUCAGUCCUGAUGCACAUUCAAGGCAGGCUGCGAAUAUUCCAUCCCCUCAAAUUGUCCCAAAUGCCCGAAGGCACACGCAUCCACAUUACGCUUCACCAAUCAGAGUCUGUGUGGUUGAUUGAGAUCAAUUGCAGGAACCUAGAACAGCCAUACAAGAUAGCUGUGGUCUGCUACGUGUUCCAACAUGUUCCCGUGCAUACGGAAGGAUGGCAAAAGCAGGAUGCAUUAACGCAUACCAUCGGCAAACAGCUCGGAGCCAACCCAAAUGAAGAUCAGAGAUCUCAGCCGUGGAAGAAAUGGGUAAAGGAUGAGCUCGAAGCUCGUCGGAAGGCUGCGGAGAUAGCCGCCAAGAAGGAGAGUAAUGCUGCGAAGCCGAAGCAGCCCAAUCCUGAUGAGGACGACGACGAUGAUGAAGACGACGACGAUGACUUCGUCAACAAGGCCGGCUGA